CACAAAAUCUGGGCAGUUCCUAAAACAGAGCUGGGAAAGGAACUUGUGAGUUUAAGCAACACUAGGAAACAGAGCACUAGUAACAUAACAGAAGACAAAAGGGUAAAGGAAAAUUUUACUGCUUCUACAGUUCUGCACAUCUGCAGAAUUAGAGACCAGUUCUGACAUGCAUUCAAAGCCAGUUUAUUAUGGAGGGAGAAACAGAUGGAAACAAAGGGAAAAGAUAAAGAGGACUUAGUAGUUUAAGAUCUAUGAGAAAAGGAGAAUUAAAGAAAAUAUUGCAGAUAGGAGCUGAACCUACAGUCCUCCAGAGAAAAUAGAAUUUCCAAGAUUGGAGUGUUGCCCAAUUUGUUUAGGAAGACUAUGGAUGGGCACCGGUUCUCUCAUUUGAGCUAUCUAAGUGCUGUCCUUAUGGUGCUCCUUUGGACUGGCAUCUCGUAUGCUCAGAAGGACUGUACAGGAGUGGAAUGCCAGCCCCUGGAGAACUGUAUUGAAGAGGUGCUUGAGCCUGGUGAAUGCUGUGCUACAUGUCUGCAACAUGGUUGUACUUGUGAAGGCUAUCAGUACUAUGACUGUGUCAAUAUGGGAUUUGUGAAUGGCAAGGUCCCUGAAGGGCAAUCUUAUCCUGUGGACUUCGGAAGUACUGAAUGCACAUGUCCCAAGGGAGGAGGCAAGAUCAGCUGCCAGUUCAUGCUUUGCCCUGAGUUGCCCCCACAAUGUAUUGAUUCUGUGUUAUCUGAUGAUGGUUGCCCUCAGUGUAGAAGAAUAGGCUGUUUACAUGAAGAUCAGAAGUAUGUAGCAGGCCACACAUUCCAUGUGCCUCAUUGUAAGGUUUGUCAUUGCCCAAAUUCUGGAGGUAAACUGAUGUGCUACCAGAUCCCAGACUGUGAUAAAUUUUCAUUAACCACAGAGAGUCCCCUGGAUACUGAAGAGAAUGAACCAGAGAGGCACUAUGAUGAUCCGUAUAGCUAUGAUCAGGAGGCACCAGAAAGAGACAUCACACAGGUAGAGUCUCCUAAAAAACAUAGGAGCUAUGCAGCCCAUGAAGAACCAGAUAGUGUUAUCCAAGAACAGAGUGAGGAUUAUGAUUACCCCACAGUCAGUUCAACUCCCCCAACAUUGGCUCAACCUGUUUCACAUGCUGAAGAAAUUGCUACAACACUCAAUAUACACACUCCUACUCCCUUCCUUGUGAUUAAUCCAACAGAAAAAGAGGAGGAAAGGAAAGAAGUAAGCACACCAGUGUCACCUACAGUGCAGAAUACAAGUAAGAAAGCACCAGUGACUAGCAGUAUUCCAGAGGAGCAAACGACUGCUCCAGCAGCAGCACCCAAGCAAGUAGUGGUAGAAUUUGAGAGAAAAUCCAAGGGGAAGCAAGGGGACAGACAGAGAAAUGAACAAGAAGGCAGUGCCCGCCCUAAAACAAAAAAGCAUUUAAGAAAAGAUUAUAAGGAGCCGGGGAACAGUACAUAUUCUCGCUUCAAAGAGGCAAACAUAACAGAAUCUCAUGGGCCAAAAACUUCCCGUGAAACACAGGAAGGAAGUUCUUUCCCUAAGGUCAAGUUUAGUUCAACAACAUCACCUCCCAUUGUUCUGAAAGAAGACCAAAAGCAGCCACAGACCCUUUAUCGCUACCAUCCUGAAGAAGAGGAAGACCCCAAUUCCAUUCAUACUGCCUCCAGGUUACCAGAAGGUUCCACCAAGGACUUAAUUGAAACUUGCUGUGCAGCUGGACAACAGUGGGCUAUAGACAAUGAGGAAUGCAUGGAAAUCCCCAUAAGUGGAACUGAUGGUGAUAUUUGCAGAAUUGCUCAGAAGCAAUGUUGUGUCUCAUACUUAAAAGAAAACAGCUGUGUUACUGGCAUGAUUGCAGCCAAGGAAGGAGUUUUGUGUGGACCUGAUGAAAGUGACACCUGUGGAGGAUCUUCUUAUAAGCAAUGUUGUGAUUGUUGCUCUCUAGGACUGAGAGUAAAAAAUGAAGGGAAAACCUGUGAGUCCAACCCAAACUUGGGCUACCCUUGCAACCAUGUGAUGCUUUCUUGCUGUGAAGGAGAAGAUCAUCUCAUAUCUCCAGAAAUAAAAAGGCAUCCUGAGCCUCUGCCAACAAUGUCCCCUGAAAAAAUUUCAGAGAUUGAAGAUCACAAUGAAGCUUUGUCCAUCAGUAAUGAAGCUGAACUAUCCAAUAACUUACCUGGUGAUGACCUGGAUGAAUGCAUACUCUAUCCUGGAGACCUCUGUCAGCAUCUGUGUAUCAACACUGUAGGAUCCUACAAGUGUUCGUGUUUCCCAAGAUAUACACUGCAAGAUGAUGGGCUCAGCUGUCUGCCAGAUCCCGAUGAAGGACAAACCACUGGCUUAGCAGAGGAAACUACUGUUGCUUCAGAAAUGUCUCAGGCCCAGCCUGCCAUUAUUGAUAUUUUACCAGAAGAACCAGAUAAGUGUAAAGAUAAUGGCCCCUGCAAGCACAUUUGCAGUGUUGUCGAAGGGAAUGUUGUGUGUUCUUGUCUAUCUGGAUAUGCUAUCACGGCUGAUAAGGUUUCCUGUGAAGAUUUGGAUGAGUGCCUUAUAGGUACUCACAUUUGUUCCAGAAGACAAUUGUGUGUGAACACAUUGGGAUCAUUCAGCUGUGUCAGCCACAGAGUAUUCUGUGCAGAGGGCUUUAUACUCAACAGGCAUAGAAAAUGUGUUGAUAUUAAUGAAUGCGUAACAGAUGCACACAACUGUAGUCGCAGGGAACAUUGCAUCAACACAAUUGGAUCAUUUAAGUGUCUUCAAGAACUCAGCUGUCAGCCAGGUUAUGAGCUCAAGGAAGGUCAAUGUGUUGACAUUGAUGAAUGUGCGAAAGGAACUCAUAGUUGUAAAGUAAACUUUGUAUGUCAGAAUACGGAAGGAUCAUUCUAUUGUGAAUCAAAGCAGCGAUGCAUGAAUGGAUUUUUACAGGACCCAGAGGGUAAUUGUGUUGAUAUUAAUGAGUGCACAUCACUAUCAGAGCCAUGUAAACCUGGAUUCAACUGUAUCAAUACCGUUGGGUCCUACACAUGUCAGAGAAACAUGUUGAUUUGCAGCAGAGGUUAUCAUUCUAGUGAGGAUGGAUCCCGAUGCAUAGAUGUUGAUGAAUGUCAGACUGGUGUCCACCGCUGUGGGGAAGGACAAAUUUGUCAUAAUCUACCUGGAAGUUACCGCUGUGACUGCAAGAUGGGAUACCAUUAUGAUGCAUUCAGCAGAACCUGUAUUGAUAUUAAUGAGUGCUGGAAUUAUCCAGGCCGACUGUGUCAACACACCUGUGAGAAUACUCCGGGGUCUUACCAUUGCUCUUGUUCUUCUGGAUUUCGGUUGGCAUAUGAUGGGAAGCAUUGUGAAGAUGUGAAUGAAUGUGAUAACAAACCGUGCAGUCAAGAAUGUGCCAAUGUCUAUGGUUCCUAUCAGUGUUACUGUAGGCAAGGGUAUCAGUUAGCAGAAGAUGGCCAUGCUUGUAAAGAUAUUGAUGAGUGCACACAAAGUGCAGGUAUCCUUUGUACUUUCCGCUGUGUGAAUGUUCCUGGUAGUUACCAAUGUGCCUGCCCUGAGCAAGGAUAUACAAUGGCAGCAAAUGGAAGAACCUGUCGAGAUAUUGAUGAAUGUGCACUAGGAACCCACAACUGCUCAUCUGCAGAGUCUUGCUAUAAUAUCCAAGGCAGCUUCCGAUGCCUGUUGUUUGAGUGCCCUCCAAAUUAUAGAAAAGUAUCUGACAUGAGGUGUGAACGCAUCAAUUGUUUUAAUUAUUUGGAUUGUCAAAAUACUCCUGUGCGCAUCACUUAUUACCAACUGAACUUCCAAACCAAUAUUGUUGUCCCAGCUCACAUUUUCCGUAUUGGACCAUCACCUGCUUAUGCUGGAGACAACAUAAUCCUAACCAUCAACAAAGGAAAUGAAGAAGGCUACUUCAGCACUAGAAAGCUUAACUCCUACACAGGCAUUGUGUAUCUUCAGCGACAAGUGAAAGAACCUAAAGACUUUUUGUUAGAUGUUGAAAUGAAGCUAUGGCGUCAAGGAACAUACACAACUUUUCUUGCCAAAAUUUAUAUAUUCAUCACAGCUCAUGCUUACUGAGGCAUGUAUUGACAUUGAAAUUUAUUGGUGCUCUGCUCUUUAACCAAAGCUUAUUACUGUGGAACUGACAUUUAGUGUAUCUAGCCUUUAUAUUAUUUUUCUAUCAUUGCUUCAAACUUUUUUAUUGGUUGUAUAAAUUAACUUAAGUUUUACUGACCUAUUUUCUUAUGUAAUUCUUUAGAUGAGUGAAGGAAGGGGUUUAAAGGAAAGUCGUGUGUAGUAUACUAGAACCUUCUCUUAGAAUUGUCCAGUGAAUAAAGUAGGCUUAGUUACAUCUACAGGGUAUUGCACUAGAAAGGAAACCAGUUCACUUGGGAGUAUCAGUUUGAGCCAGUGACAAGGAAAAGAAAACCUUGAGCAAUUUCCUUUUAAGGUGUGUUGUAUAAACUGGUGGUUUACUUAGCUGGUGACUUCACUGAAACUUCUCUACACUCAGAUACUGUAGUGAUCAGGGCACUAUAAGCAUGUGGACAAAACAACUAGCUGACAUCAAGUUGAAGGCUUAUUUUUUUGCCCAAGUGUAUUGCCUAGAAAAAAAUUAAUAAAGCAACACCCCCUCAACUAACAAAAGUUGAUUGCAUUAUCAUGUCUUACUUCAAUGGAAUUAUUCAUAUGUUUAAAGUUAAAUAUCAGCAAGACCAAACUUUAGGUGUGUGUUGUACUAACUCACACUGCAGUUUGUAGUUUGAACUCAUCUCUGCAAAAACCCAUUUUAUUUAGGUUGCUCUAAUCACAGAUCAGAUGUACUAUAAUUAUUAAAAGAAAAGUCAGAGAUGACUCAUGUAAGCAACCACCACACCUUAUUCAAAAGCAUGGGUAUGCAACUAGUUUGUAGGUGACAACAUUAAAUAAACAUAAGAGGAGUGACUUCUGUUUUCCAGGAAAAUGACCUCAGGGGAAAAUGCUUCUUAAAUUGGCAGGUUGUAGUAUGCCAUUUAGUGACAGCACAACCCAAGUUUCAAACUGGAUUUCCUCUUUUUCCAUAGGAAACUGGAUGAGGUCCAAAGCUGAGGGCCAGAUGUGGUAGUAUGUACUACAAUCAAAGCAUCUGAUAGAACGUAGAAAUGAAUAUCCACAUUUUUUAGUGGCUGAUCUUACUGAAAAGCCUCAAUGCUUUCUGAGCAACUUUGAUCCAGGUUAUUUGGCAAAAUGUUCAUAAGGAAAAAUAUAACCACAAUAUAUGGCUGCUUACUACACUAUAGUUUAAUAAGCCAUUCUCUGUCCUACACUAGAUAUUUUGACCAUUGUGCACUGUAUGUAAAGUAACAGGAGCCAAGCUUUAUGACUUUUUCUACAGAAGCAAUCAACAGUUUUAUUACCAUAUUGUAAUAUAUUAACUUUGUUUGUAUGAGGGUUUAAAAUCAUAUAAAUGCUACCUAUGGGGUGACAGGGGAGAUGUAUUGUAUUCAUUAUAUCCCAAGACCAAUUUCUAAAAUUACAAAUAAGCCAUUUUUAUUUGGACUUUUUUACAGAUAAUAAAAUGUAAACAUUUUUGUAUCUAACAUAAA